GCACGUCCCCAAGGUUGCGCUGGCUCUCACAAGUUCAGAGCGGAGGACGCAGCAGCAUCUGCGGCGACGAAGACGGCACAUGCGCAGGGCCUUCCUCCUUCAGCCAAGGAGACAGCGCUACUGCGCGUGCGCGCACUGCGGACCCCUCGACGACUGGCGCAGGCGCAGUGGCUCAGCCGGCUGAAGCGGGCGGAUUCUGAGGCUAGAGGCGCCGGGGCUGGAAGAGGAGGAGCGGAGCAGAGGAGGCGCCCCGUGUCCGCCUCAUGUAUCAGCGGAGCCGGGCGGUGGCUGGGCGCCUCGGGCCCCGGUGCCCUUGGAGAUGGGAAGGGAGCGGCCAAGGAGGGCUUCGGCAGCAGGGCCAGGGAGGGACAGCGAGGAGCUGCCACCGGGCGCGGCCGAGGGACCUCAAUCCUUCUUGGGAUAAACUACCUCCAGGGCUUGUCCCUUCCAGUUCGGUAGGGCCGACAUUCCACUCCCUGUUCAUCAAGAAGAAGCCACCGGAGUCUCGCAGCAGCCUUCCGGUUCUGUCUAUGCCUACCAGAAGCAACUUUGCCGUUGUCAGCUGUACUGAACUGAAGACCAGCCUUGGCCCAUUGACGCACAAUCUAGAAACAAGGGGCCUUUCCCGUCCCACUAUGCUCUCCCCACCUGAAGGCAUGGAGGAUGUCAUCACCCUGGUGAACGGGAGGCAGGAGGAUGACAUUGUGGUGCAAGAUAGCGAAGGCCUGGAUGGCGCCUCUUUGGACUCUCUGCAUAACCUGUUUCAUGGUUGGCAGUACCACUCACCUUACCAGGCUCCUGAGGUAGCCUUGGGUCCCAUCACACCCUUCAGAGCCACUGCUGGCACCCCCUCUCCAGCCAGUUCUCCAGACAGGGAUGACCCCAGCAUGGAGGAGCAUCUCGCAGUCAUGCAUCAGAAAUUGCGGAGUGAGUUACCAGGCUUCUUCCUGAAGACACAUGACUAUGAAAUCUAUUCCCAGGAUGUAGAGUUCAUCAAUGAAAUUCUACAUCUGAGAACACGUGGCCGACCCAUGUACCAAAUGGCACUGACCUUUUGCCGCUUUGUGGCCUGGAACUAUUUUGCUGAUUUGCGCAUGGAAGUACUAAACGUGACACAGCACCCAGAGAACUGGAGCAUACAAGCCCGGUGGCGGAUUACAGGGCUGCCGUUCCAUGUUCUUUUCCUCCGCUUCUACAAGAAGGACAAGAGUGAGCUUUACAGAACCUAUGAUGCCUAUUCCACUUUCUUUCUCAAUUCAGAAGGGUUAAUUAAAUGUCACAGGGUAAGCAAGCUGAUGCCAUCCCAGCCUCUCAUGAACAAGCUGAAGAAAGUUGUACUUGCGUCCUUAUUGGGCCUCGGGCUGUCAGAUGAGAGGCCAUCACUUCUACUAUUUUUCUCAGCAUUGUCUAGCAAAGAGCAGGAAGCACCAAUAGGCUGUAGAGAGAGCUGAAGUCCAAUGCUAUCUUGUCCUCUUCCGAGUAUCUGUCACAGCUAACCUACCACAUUGCCAGGUGUGGCAAGGAGAAUGCCACUAGCAGUUAAUUGUGUAUCCAUGUUGCCUUUGUAUACAUAGUGUGGGCUUUGCCUCAUGUUGCUGCUGUCAAUUGCACCAGCAAGUGCUGUAAAGAUGGUUGUAAUUUAAUAUGUAUAUAAUAAAAAAAGAAAGAUUUAUGUUGAA